UGCCACACGCCCACAGAUGUCAGUGGAGUUUCUCAAUCUGUCACUUUGCUUGAAGGACUAGCGAGUGAGAUGGAAGAAAUCAUAAUUUGGAUAUAACAGCCAUGAUUUUGUGACAGCCCCGGUUAACCGGCUACUUUUAAAUGCUUGACCCGAUAGCGUAUUGCUAUCUUCGUUAUUUAAGUCCGUUACCUCUCACUAUUUGCGCCUUUCGACAACCGUGGAACAACACCCAUGCGCCUGUGACCGAAGUUACUAUGCUAACCUGCUAACCAGCUAACCGCUACUUUACGUAGAUAUGGUUUUCCCAACUAGGCGUGGAAGUGAAGUUACCGGCGAGAAAAGCGGCGAUUUAAUUGACUACACUAGUUUGCUAUUUAACAGAAUAUUCACCGGGCGUGUGUGCUAGCAAACUCAGCUAGCAGUCUAUCAGAGAAAUGGGACUACACCCGCUGGAGUUUAGUGAGUGCUAUCUGGACAGCCCCGGCUUCAGGGAGAAAAUUAAGGCUCACGAAGCAGAGCUGGACAAAACUAACAGGUUCAUCAAAGAACUGUACAAGGAUGGGAAGAAUCUUAUCAAUGCAACAAAGCAGCUUGGGAUGGCACAGCGAAAGUUUGCCCAAUGCCUGGGAGAAUUUCAGUUUGAGUAUAUCGGAGAUGCAAAGACAGACGAUGAGAGAUGUAUUGAUGAGUCCUUGCAAGAGUUCUCAUCAUUCCUUAAGAACUUGGAAGACCAAAGAGAGCUAAUGAUGAGAAACAUCACAGAAACCUUAAUGAAACCCCUGGAGAAAUUCAGGAAAGAGCAACUCGGCAUAGCAAGGGCGGAAAGAAAGAAGUAUGAGAAGGAAACAGAGAAGUACUACAGCUCCUUGGAAAAGCUUUUGAAUAUGUCAGCAAAGAAGAAGGAGCCACAGCUACAGGAGGCAGACAUCCAGGUGGAGACCAUGAGGCAGCACUUUCAGGAGGAGUCACUGGAUUAUGUGUGUAAACUGCAGGAAAUCCAAGAGAGGAAAAAGUUUGAGUGUGUGGAACCAAUGCUGGCCUUCUUUCAGACGGUCUUCACAUUUUAUCACCAGGGCUUUGAGCUGGCGAAGGACUUUGACCACUAUAAGCGAGCGCUGCAGAUCAAUAUUCAGAAUACGAGGAGUCGCUUUGAAGGCACACGGUCAGAGGUGUAUGAGUUGAUGAAGAGGAUCAGGGAGGCACCCCAAGACUACAGACAGACCAGCCCUAUUAGUAGCGAAGGCUACCUCUAUGUACAGGAGAAACGGCCUCCUCCGUUUGGUUCAAGUUGGGUCAAACGCUACUGCACAUUUGUCAAAGAGCAGAAGAUCCUACACAUGGUGACCUUUGACCACAGAUCUGGUGGGAAGAUUGGUGAGACAGAGUCUGUCACUCUCAAAUCUUGCGUCCGCAAAACAACAGACACGUUGGACAGGAGGUUCUGCUUAGACCUUGAUAUAACAGAUCGUCCAGGGACCGUUCUUACAGUACAGGCCCUGUCAGAGGAUGACCACAAGUUCUGGAUGCAGGCCAUGGGUGGGAAAGAACCUAUUGGGCAUUAUCUUGGAAGGACUUAUUCCAAAGAAAGGGGAAUUGAUGCCCAGUUGGAUGACGUGGGCUUGUGUUUUGUGAAGAAUUCCAUCAGUGCCAUAGAGACGCGAGGUAUCAGUGACCAGGGCCUGUACAGAGUGGUGGGGGUCAGCUCCAAGGUUCAGAAGCUUCUCUCACUCAUGAUUGAUGAGAAGAGCACCGAAGUGGAUUUGUCUACCUGUGAGGAUUGGGACAUUAAAACAAUCACGAGUGCACUGAAGCUGUAUCUGAGGAGCCUUCCUGAGCCACUGAUGACCUAUGGACUUUACAAAGAGUUCAUCAGCCCUGCAAAGGGUGGUAGUCCAGAGUCUCGUAUCCAAGCCAUCCACUGCCUGGUCCACAAACUGCCAGAGAGGAAUCGACAAGUCCUGGGGCUGCUUAUGAAGCAUCUGGCCAAUGUUGCAGCCCACAGUAAGCAGAACUUGAUGACUGUGGCCAACCUGGGUGUGGUGUUUGGCCCAACACUAAUGAGGCCACAGGAGGAGACUGUCGCCGCCAUCAUGGACCUUAAGUUCCAGAACAUUGUGGUGGAGAUCCUCAUCGAGCAGCACCAGAAGAUUUUUGCAGAUGCCCCGGAGUCAUGCCCUCUGUCAUCUGCUGUCCCAGUCUUAUCUGCUCCCACAAGGCAGUCCAAGAAGCUGAGUCGCCAAAACCGGCCCCUGGCCGUCUACAAUCCACAAUCCCUGGACAUUCAGACUGUGUCAGCAGUGGGAGAUUGCUCCAACUCAGCCACAGAUGAGACAUCAAUGGGCAGCAAUGAGUCUGUAUCAUCCCAGUCGUCCACUGCCUCAGCCUCAGAGACAUCUCCAGAGAAAACUGACCACAGCCCAGUCAGCAGCAGCCUCAGCUCCUGGAGCAACUCUGGGACGAGCACAGCCGCAGCCUCCUGGACCAAUUCUGGAGCUUCCGGAGAGGUCAAACACACCGCUGCUGCUGUCGCCUCUGAUGGAGACAAGCCAGAGGAGAGUGUCACCAGCAGGAAAGCCAAGGCAGUGUACCCGUGCGAGGCUGAGCACGACUCUGAGCUCUCCUUCCAGGUCGGCGCAAUAUUCAACGCCGUGACCCCGUCUAGAGAGCCUGGCUGGCUGGAGGGAGAGCUGGAGGGAAAGAGGGGCCUCAUCCCUGAAAACUACGUGGAGAUGCUGUAGCUUCAACAUGCAACCCAUGAGGAAAUGAAGCCACAAAUGAAAAUCACGAAGGUGGUGUAACCUCCACCGUGCAAACUGUGUGGAGAUGCCCUUGACUCAACUCUCAAAAUCACAGCAGAACCUUGUUUAUCCAACCCUCAUGCUUCCACAUCGACCGUUCUCCUGAACAGGCAUAGUGUGAAAAUAUGAUACUGUGCGACUAGCUGAGUAUCUCUGACACACCAAGGAUAUGUGUUUUGGCAGGCGAGCCGACUAUUUUUUACUUGUAGUGUAUUUUGUGAUGCAUGUGCAGUCGUGUUUCACCGUUUGAAUUAGGUUUGUUGCAGAAUUCACAGGAAUUUUCCAAACUCAAAUCGCCUCACAUCUCCUAAGUGACUUCCAAGUCUGAUGGGUUUGCAUUAACAAGGUUCUACUGUGGAGUAUGUAGCAGCAUCCAGAGAGCGAGCCUCCUUCUGUCACACCGCCUCACUCUCCUCUGCCCACUUAUACAUGGUAUCCAUGAGCGCCUCCCAAAUCAAUGUGCUGCCACUCUCAAAGGAACACCCUCGUACACCCGCAUGGCAUCAUAUCGCCGACUCAACAUGCAAGCAAUUGCAACAAAAAGUUUGUUAAGGAGUUCUGCACAAGUCCACUGCCUAAGCUGACUCUUUGGAAUGAUUUGCACAGCUUCAGUUCAAGCUCUGUGAAAAAAAAAAUCAAAACUAGAGCCUUAACCACCAAAACACCAAGUAUAAAUGUAUAUAUAUACGGGUAUGUAUGAAAAUUACUAAGAGUGUCACUGCUUUGAGUUGCAUGUGCUGUAAUUUUAAGAAUACUUGGAUAUUCAACACAAGAAACAUUGAUAUCUUAAUUUUAAUUAUUUAAUUGGCACAUUGAUUGCAUGACUUAGAAUUUUAAACACUAUUUUUUUUUUUUUUUGGUUUUGUUUGCAGUUACAUUUUCAGCAGCGGUGAGAUUUACACUCCAUUACAGAAAGACAAUGAAUGGCUUCUUUGAUGACUGUCCAACUGUGACAUAUUAGACUAUCAUGGUCACAUUUAGAGGAAAAUAUAUAGUAAUGACUAAAGUCUUUACCAUGCCAAACAAUUUAUGCAAAAUGUUUUUGUUGUUUGUUUGUUAUUUGUUUUGUUUUGUUUUAUUAAACAAUGUUUUUUUUUUUGUUUGUUUGUUUUUUUUUUUAACUCACUUUAGACGUUGUUCAGCGUUUCUGAGCAGAGAAUUGAGACACUCCGGCAAUGUUGAUAUCUUGCCUGUCAUUAUUCUAUCUUCAUCUUCGAUUUAAUAAGCAAUUAGAGUAUAAAUCAAAGUUUUAUUAUCAGUGCAACCAGAGAUGCAGUAUUUCAAAGUUUCACGUCCGUUGUGUAUAUAAUUAUUGCUUUGAAACGGUUCAAUAAAAAAAUAUAUAUCAUGAAAAUCUCCCUGCAGUGAUGAACAGUGUUUUCAAAUGUUAUUUUUCAUUUUGAAUGGUUUUCAUUCUACGAUAUACAUGUCACAUACUUUCAUCCCUCUGCUGUUCAACAAAAGACACUUUAAUUUUUCUGAGAGCUUUUGUUCAGUGGACUGUUUUUGCUUUGAAUUGCAAUUGCAAUAAUUUAAGACAUUGAUUCAUGACGUUUGUAAAAGGCCUUGGCAUCAGUUUCAUUUUUAUAACAUUGAAUAUCCUCUUGAUCGAUGUUAAACAAAUAAAGGAUUUUUUGUUCUUUACUGUAUUAUGUAUUCUUCCAGUAAAAUAAAUGGUCUAAGUGAUAA